AUAGUAAUUAAAACUUACGAUAACAUUCUUUAUUUCAACAUUUAUAUAAUCAGAAAAACAUCGAAAAAAGCGUGGAUAAAUAAGUAUCACGCUUUCGGCAUAUUGAAAUAAAACCGCGUGGACCGUGGACCACGAAGUGUUAAGAUUGAUAUUCAUAACCUAAAAAAACACUGUUCGCGCGUAUGUAUUUAUACAUUUGAACUUCACAUGUAUUUUUCACGUGUAUUUUUUGUAUAAAAUGUAAUAUUAUUUAUUAAGAAAAUAAUGUCAUCUCCCGUUAACACAUUGGAAAUACCACAAGCAAAAACUUGGAAAGAAUAUAAUCGAUUGCAGAAAGAACAGAGAAAGCAAUGGAAAGAAGAGAGGUUAAUAAAGAAGUUGAAAAAAGAAGAGAAGAAAAAUAACAUUGAAAAUGAAACGAAGAAAGAAGAAACCGAACAGAAAAUUAAAAAAAGGAAUAUUUCUACAAUAACCAUCGCGAUACCUGGCUCGAUUUUAGACAAUGCACAAUCUGCAGAAUUGAGAACGUAUCUUGCAGGACAAAUAGCACGUGCCGCAUGUAUUUACAAAGUAGAUGAGAUUGUUGUUUUCGAUGACAAAGGUGUGAUCACUGAAAGUGAAAAGAAAAAAGUAAGAACAGACGAAGUUUUAGGUGAAACGAGAAUUUGUUGUUUACAGUUAGUCAGAAUAUUACAAUAUUUAGAAUGUCCACAGUAUCUCAGAAAACAUUUCUUUCCUAUUCACAAGGAUUUACAAUAUGCAGGCGUAUUGAACCCUUUGGAUGCUCCACAUCAUCUCAGACAACAAGAUAUAUCGCUUUAUCGUGAAGGUGUAGUUAGUAAUAAACCAGUAAAAGCUGGGAAAGGUUCCCAAGUAAACAUAGGGCUUCUUAACGAGAUUAGAGUGGACAAAGUAUUGAUGCCUGGCUUAAGGGUUACUGUAAAAAUACCAUCAGAUCAAGAAAAUCCAAAGAAAAUGAAAGGAAUUAUAGUAUCUCCAACAGAGCCAAAAUCAGAGACAGGAAUAUAUUGGGGAUAUAGCGUGAAAUUAGCUAAGAAUCUUUCAGAGGUGUUUAAAAAAUGUUCUUAUAAAGAAGGAUAUGACUUGACUAUUGGUACUUCGGAUAAAGGAACAUCUAUUGACGAUAUAUCACCAAAAAGUUUGAAAUAUGAUCAUGCUUUAAUAGUUUUUGGUGGAUUAUCAGGAUUAGAAGCUGCGUUAGAAGUUGAUCCAGAUUUACCAGAUGAAGAUCCAUCGUCUAUAUUUCAUAAAUAUUUAAAUAUAUGUCCUCAACAAGGAUCAAGGACAAUUAGGACGGAGGAAGCUCUUUUACUUUCUCUUGCAGAACUAAGGACCAAAUUACUCCCAAAAAAUCCUGUAUUACCAAAUGCUCAAUUUGGUAGUUUUGUUGAAGAUUAACUUUGAUAUUUAUAUCAUUAAAAUGAUAAAAAAUAUCAUUCAAAGACAUUUGACAAAAUUUCUGUUUGUAAAAUAUUAAUAUUUACAAAAUGUUAUUAACAAGAUUUUAUCUCUAUACUGUUUUCUUUUGUAGAUAUUGAAGAUAUUUUUUUGGAAUGUCUUCUAUAAAAAAAUCAUUAACUAUUCAAUGCGCAAUUUACUGUAUCUUUCAAAUCUUUUAUAACUUUUGCUUGGUCUGUAGCACCGAUUAUUGCUGUUCCAGAUACUAUCAUAUUUGCACCAGCCUAGAAAAAUAUAAAUGUUUAGAAUUUUACCAUAAGCAAAAAUAAACAUUUUAUAUAUCAAAGA